CUAUCCCAGUAUCAUGCAUCUCUGCUAAAAGCUGAUAACUACAUGUUACAUGUACAUGCACAUUCUGUCCGUAAAGAAUCUUAGGAGCCCAACAUUUGCAAAUACUUUUUGCUUUGGGAUGUUUCAUUUGAAUUGGUAAACGAAGCCUAUUUAAAGAAGUAAUCUGCAUGCACAUUCAUUCUUCUAAUAGAAUUGAUAACCUAUUAACCUUGUUGCUGUGAUCUUCCUAUAACAAGGUAGAGAGUGAGGAAUUGGAUCCCUUGUAAGUAGUUUUUUACUAUGAUUGUUAUGGUAAAAGAAAGUCCCAAGUUUCUAUUUGAUUGAUUUUAAAAGUAUGGGAGCCUUUAAUUAAUUGUUUAAUACUUAAAUUAAUUAGACUAAAACCUGAAAAGAGGAGGGAAACAACAUGCAUUUAGGAAUAAUAAAGAUGCAUUUUAGCUUUAAGUGUAGUGUAAGCUGCUGAGAAUAUUUAGAAACUUACAACUCAGUUUGUGUUGUUGUACGAGAUUGUCUGAUCCUCAUCAUAAGAUUUAGUGGUUUCCAUGCUGGUUUUGUGCUAUUAAGCCAUUCCUUGCUCUACCUUGAGGAAACCCACCUUGCUUUAAUCAAAUAUUUUAUAUUCAUAAUAAACAUGAGGGGAAACACAAUAAAAUAAACAAAUCAACAUUACUAAAUAUUCUGAUGCUUUAAUUGAGCGGUCUUUUGAUGUUUCUUAAUUUCAUUUACAUAUGUUUCCCUUCCUUUUAUGUCUGUACAGAAAAUGUUCUGAUUUGCUUUGGUGUUUAUUAGUUUAUUUUUAAUAUCUUAGAUAAUCUUGAACCAGUAAAAUUUUGGGUUUUAAAUAAUAACUUGCUUGAAAGAAAAAUCGAAGAGUGUAGUUGUCUUGGUUUAUUGAAAUUUAGAAAUAAUGAUGGCAAGUGAGUUACAUGGAAUUUCCAUGUCGUUGUGUUCAAAGAAGCCAUCCUUCGACCGUGACAGGGUUCCUUCUUCCUCGUUCUUUGGUAGCAAAGUGAACUUGCUGCAUUCAAAGAAUGCUGCAUCUGAUUUUCGUUAUGAAAGAUUCUCAAGUGUUGUACUGAGAAAUAAAACUAAUAGAUUUGUGACUACUUCUACUCUUGCUGAUGUUGCAAAUAAUUUUAUGGCCCUACAAUCCCCAAUUUUUGCUGGACAAGAAGCAAACCCAAAGACUGUCGCGUCGAUCAUUUUAGGUGGUGGAGCUGGAACUCGUCUAUUCCCUCUUACUCAAAAAAGGGCUAAACCGGCUGUGCCAUUCGGAGGAUGUUAUAGGCUGGUGGACAUACCAAUGAGCAAUUGUAUUAAUAGUGAAAUUAAUAAAAUUUAUGUCCUUACACAAUUCAAUUCUCAGUCCCUCAACCGUCACAUUGCUCGAACAUAUAAUUUGGGAGGUGGCGUCAACUGUGGUGGGAGUUUUAUUGAGGUAUUGGCAGCAACUCAAACACUCGGCGAAUCAGGAAAUAAGUGGUUUCAGGGUACUGCCGAUGCUGUAAGACGAUUCCUUUGGUUGUUUGAGGAUGCUGAGCAUAGAAACAUAGAGAACAUUCUGGUAUUGUGUGGUGAUCAGCUCUAUCGAAUGGAUUACAUGGAACUUGUGCAGAAGCACAUUAAUUCAUGUGCUGAUAUAUCUGUAUCUUGUCUACCGGUGGAUGGCAGCCGUGCUUCUGAUUUUGGUUUAGUGAAGGUUGAUGAAAGAGGACGGAUACACCAGUUCAUGGAAAAACCCAAGGGAGAUUUAUUAAGAUCUAUGCAUGUAGAUACGAGUGUUUUUGGAUUAUCAGCACAAGAAGCAAGGAAAUUUCCAUACAUCGCAUCAAUGGGUAUAUAUGUGUUUAAAUUAGAUGUUCUUCGCAAACUUCUCAGGAGUUGUUAUCCUAAUGCAAAUGAUUUUGGAUCUGAGGUCAUUCCAAUGGCUGCAAAAGAUUUUAAAGUCCAGGCAUGUCUUUUCAAUGGUUAUUGGGAAGAUAUUGGGACUAUAAAAUCUUUCUUUGAUGCAAACCUGGCUCUUAUGGAUAAGCCGCCAAAGUUUCAGUUAUAUGAUCAGUCAAAGCCUAUUUUUACAUGUCCUCGGUUCUUACCCCCAACUAAACUGGAGAAGUGCCAGGUGGUUAAUUCAUUGGUUUCAGAUGGUUGCUUUCUAAGAGAGUGCAAGGUUGAACAUUCUAUUGUAGGAAUUCGCUCAAGACUCAAUUCUGGAGUGCAGCUAAAGGAUACCAUGAUGAUGGGCGCGGACUAUUACGAAACAGAGGCUGAAAUCGCAUCUCUUUUAUCAGCGGGAGACGUUCCUAUAGGCAUAGGCAAAAAUACAAAAAUUAUGAAAUGUAUAAUUGACAAAAACGCAAGAAUUGGAAACAAUGUAACAAUUGCAAACAAAGAAAAUGUGCAGGAGGCUGACAGAUCCUCUGAGGGGUUUUAUAUUCGAUCAGGCAUUACGGUGGUGUUAAAAAACUCGGUAAUAAACAAUGGAACAAUCAUUUAAUAAAAUGAUGAACGGUUAUCAACAGGAGAUGUGAAAACACAGCAAAGAAGACACAGAUGGAGGGAUAUAUACCAGCUUCAAACUUUUGCUCAAACUGUUACCUGAAAUAAGGGAUCAAGUAUCAGAUUUUGAAUCUUCAAUCAGGGAUAUCAAUAAAGGAUACAUUGGUUUGUCUGAAUUUUUUUUGUUGGCUCGUUCAACAGAGAGGGCUACAACAUUGUCCCGGCAAUAAAAUUCUGUUAAAGCUUUAUUUUCAUCGUUGUUAUUAUAAGCCAAAAUGGCCAAUAAUUUGUUGACAUUAUUUGUCUAAUUGAAUGUUACAUUUCAAAUAA